UACUCUGGUUACGGCUUGGCUUCCAUGAAGAGGAUCAGUUACACAUUGAUGAGGAGGAGUGAGAUAAGGAGACAGCUACUCCAGUGUGCAUGAUCAGGAGCCUUUCCUCAACAAUAUAUAUUAUCCUUUGACAGCUCUACCCUCCAGCCCACGUUCCCUGAACAUGCCAGGAUAUAUCACGUCCCCAGCUCAGUACCCAUCUUUUCCCUUUGUGCCCCUGUCAGCUAAAGGCAGCCUUAUUCAGACUUUCAGGUUCCAGUCACGUAGAGAUGGCAUCGACUGGAGGCGUAUCAGUGCCAUUGAUGUGGAGAAGGUAGCUCGAGAGUUGGAUAUAUCAACAUUACAGGAGAACAUCAGCUCCAUCACCUUCUGCAAUCUGGAUAAUGAAAAAUGCCCAUAUUGUCAGAAUCCAGUAGACCCGGUGUUGCUGAAAGUCCUGAAAUUGGCACAGUUGACCAUUGAAUAUCUGCUGCAGUGCCAAGAAUGCUUGAGCAGCACUGUAGCACAUCUGGAGGAGCGGGUACAGGAGGCAACAAACGAACAUCAGAUGACAAAGGAUGAGUUGGCCAAGCUGAAUAAUGAGUUGAAGAAUGUAAAGGAAGAGAAUAAGAGGAGGAAAAAGUUAAUUGCCACUCAGCAGAUGUUACUCCAGGCUGGAGCUAACAGUUAUCAUAAGUGUCAAUUAUGUGAUAAGUCCUUUAUGAACUACUCCUACCUACAGCAACAUCUCCAGCGUAGACACCCAGAAGUCACUGAGACUGAGAGGCAGAAAAAGAAACAGGUAGAACAGAUGGAAGAUGGCAUUGAAGAGCUUAAAUACAAAUUACAGAAGACUCAGUCUCAGCUGGAGACAGAAAGGGAGAUGGAACAUCAGCGAAGGAUGCAGGAGCUGGAGGAAAUUCGCCAGAGAGAGGAAAGCAUCAAGAAAGAGUUUGAGAGAUGGAAGGACGAAGAGCGAAGCAAGCUGCAGAAUGAUAUGGAUAAACUCCGACAACAGCUCUUCUCUCAGAUCGAAGAUAUUACCCUUAAAAAUACAGCUACAAUUCAAGAGAUGGAGUCUAAAAAAUUUGCAACCACCAACCUUGGUGAGCUCAUGGAUGAAGACGACCGUCAGGAGCGUCUGAAACUGCAGAAGGAAGUAUCGAAGAUAAGGGAGGAGAGAGAGAGACUGAGCACAGAAUGGAAAAGUCAGCUAAAGGAAAUAAAGAAAGAACACAAAGCAGAAAAAUCGGAGCUUCUAAAUGAAAACAACAGACUGAGAGCAUCCUUGUCUAAUGAUCAGCGAGCCAGAGAUGAACAGUUUGAGACAACUAUGCAGACACUAAACUCUACAAUACAAAACCAGAAGAAGCUCAUCAAGUCACAGGAGAAGAAGAUAAAGGAACUGGCUGCAAGAAAAGAAAUCAAAGAGAUUGAGAUCAAGGAAGUGCCACAAGUAUCUCAUGUGGUUUUGCCUGUUGGAAGUGCAAAGGAUGAUUCUAGUGAAGAUGAGCUGGAUGUAACUCUAGAUCAAACUAUGAAAAAGAUUGAAGCACUAAGAAGAAACCCUGACUUUAUCAGACAAUUCCGUCCCAUCCUGGAGGAGACCUUAAUGGAGAAGCUUGAAAACAUGGGUGUGAAAAAGGGCGCAAAAGGAAUUCCUGCAUCUACCUACAAAGAUCUGAAGGAUCUUCUCAUGAAGCAGCAGCAGCAGAAAAUAAAGAAGUUUCCAGACUUUGAGGCUCUGAAAAACAGGUUGGGCAAGGUGCUUACCAAACGAGUGAAGCAGCAGAGAAGGAGCGAGGAGACAUUACAGUCCACCUAUUCACAGCUAUCUUUACAAAGUCCAAGAAGCCCACGCAGCAUCCCACCUUCAGAUUCCUUACCUCGGCUCAGGAGUGUGCAGAUUGUAGAGUCAUAUUCACCAACCAAAGCCCCGGUCCCUUCACCUCGCUCUAAGGGCUUAGCUAGUCACAAUACAGCUGGAAAUAUAAAUGUUACUCCACAGCCACUGCCAAGAACACCACCAUUCACCUCUGAAGAGGAGACAUCUAUGGUUGACCAUCGUCCUUACAGCUCUCUAGCACAGAAAGGCAAACCGGACUCCCAGGCUGUCUCUUCUGUGCAGAAGCAGAUUCAAGAGGACAGUGAUGAUGACUGGUCCGGGUCAGAGAUCUCUCUAGGGAAGCCAAGCCCAAGGGUUGUUAGCUUUUCCAAAGACAGCAACCAAGGUUCCUUUGUGCAUUCCGUAGCACGUAACUUAGAGAAGCAGCUGUCAAUGCAAAGGGAGAAACCAUUUGGAGGCUUGGACACUAUCCCUACUAAACCAAUGAAGUCCCCAAACACAACAGCAGCAGGAAAAUCGCAGUCUUGGGAUGAUGACUCUGAACUCUCCUCCUUGGAAGACAUCACAGAUAACCUUGACCUCAACCCGAAGAAACCUCAGCCUGCUGUACGUCACAGUGCGGACUCUACAGGCUCCCAUGGGACCAGUGUCUGGAGCUCCGCCAGUGGAAGGGGCUGGUAGAAGAAUUUAAGGGUUAUCAGUCAUACCCACAAUAAACUCUUUGGUUUGGUCUGAGCUUUAA